AUGGAGAUCCAGAACCGAUUGAUGGGGGGAAAGGUAAGCAUCUUCUUCUCACGCUCUAACCCAUUUGCAUUUCGUCUUAAAAUGGCUCAUAAGCUUAUGGACAUCAAUAAAGUGUUGGAUGGCAUAAAAAAUGAUGCAAUUGGCUUCAACCUCAGAGUGGAGUCAUCAGCUGAUUCUGCAUCCAUGAACAAAGAGUACCGGCAAACCUUCUCUAUUAUAGACAAUAUGGAAGUAGUUGGAAGGGUUGAUGAUAAAUCAAAACUAGUGGAUAUGCUUGUCAACACUGGCAAUGACGAAAUCAUUUCGGUUUUCGCAAUUGUAGGAAUGGGGGGACUUGGGAAGACCACUCUUGCUCAAUUGAUCUUCAAUGAUCCUUUGACUGUGAAGCAUUUUGAUUUAAGAAUGUGGGUAUGUAUAUCCGAACCAUUUGAAAUCGAUAGAGUUCUAAAAGAAAUCACAGAAUCAGCUGGAGAUAAAUGCGAUGCAUCAAUAAACUUGGAUAUAAUAGCACGUAACCUCCAAUUGAAGUUGAUGGGUGUUAAACGCUUUUUGCUUGUAUUGGAUGAUAUCUGGAGUGAAGAAAUUGAAAAAUGGGAUACCUUACUAACACCAUUAAAAUCAAGCAAUACAAUAGAUAGCAAAAUUAUUGUGACUACACGUAGCAAUAAUGUUGCAAAGAUGGUGAGUACCCCAAAUCACACUCAUCACUUGGGAAUAUUACCAGAACAAGAUUGUUGGUCUUUGUUUACCCGAAGAGCAUUUAGCAAUGGAGGGCCACAAAAAACCUCAAACCUAGUGAAAAUUGGAAGGAGAAUCGUAAAUAAAUGUGGAGGAGUACCUUUAGCAGUGAAGGUCUUAGGAAGCAUAAUGCAAUCCAAAAUAGAAGAAUGUGAGUGGUUGUCUAUGGAGCAAGGUGAAAUUUGGGAUUUACCAGAAGAUAGCAGUAGAAGAAUGAUGCGUAUAUUAAAGUUGAGUUACGAUCAUCUACCACCACAUGUGAAAUGUUGUUAUGCGUAUUGUUCUGUAUUCCCCAAGGAUUUUAAAUUUCUGAAAAAAGAGUUGAUACAAUUAUGGAUGGCAGAGGGAUUCCUUCAACAACCCAAAGGAAGCAAACAAAUGGAGGAUGUUGGCAAUGAAUGUUUCAAUAUCUUAUUAUGGAAUUCUUUAUUUCAAGAUGUAGAGAAGGAUGAAUACAGAGAUAUAGAGACAUGCAAGAUGCAUGAUCUUGUACAUGAUCUUGCACAAGUUGUUGGAAGGCUUGACUAUUCCAACAUGAGGGCCAAUAAUGUUGAAGACAUUUCGGAUGAAAUUCGUGGUUUGUCAGUUUUUUCAUAUCAUCAAGAAACAUUUGAAAUUCGAGAAGCCUUGGAGAAGGCAAAGAAAUUACGAACAUUAAUAUUUCCAUCAUCAAGAUUGGUCUCAAAUAUUGACAUGUUCAUGAUAAUGAACUUCCAGAGAUUGCGUGUGUUGGAUUUAUCAAGUUGCAGGAUGAAGGAGUUGCCUCAUUCAAUAAGAAGAUUGAAACAUUUAAGGUACCUUGACCUCUCACGUAAUCCAAUUAAAGUGUUACCAGAGUCUAUCACUAGCCUCUACAACUUACAGACGUUAUACCUCAAUCGUUGCAGUCUUCUUAGAAAGCUUCCCAAGAAAAUGAGAAAGAUGGUUAGCCUGAGACAUAUUGAACUUGUCAGGAAUGGCGACUUCACUCAGAUGCCAGUUGAGAUGGGGAGAUUGACUAAUCUACAAACAUUAAAAUUUUUUAUCAUAGGCAAAGAUGGAGGACGCAGUAUUAAACAGAUGAAGUGCUUGAAUAAUCUCAGAGGAGAAGUGAAAAUAUGGGGUUUGGAGAAUGUAACCGGUGGAAUAGAAGAAGCUAGGGAGGCAAAUUUGAGAGGGAAGCAAGGUAUUCAUUCCUUAACAUUAAUAUGGGGGAAUUAUAGUAGUAUUGGAGGUGAAAUCAUAAGGGGUAGUACUACUGGCAUAUUUAUGGAUGAUGAUGUGUUAGAAGGCCUAGAACCUCAUCCAAACUUGAAAAGUAUUUUUAUCCAAUACUUUUGCGGUGCAAAAUAUCCUACAUGGAUGGCAAGUGGUUUGUCAACAUACAGAAAUUUGAUUCAGUUCACACUCCAUGACUGUCCUAGAUUGGAAUAUGUCACAGCGCUUGGGGAGCUACCCUUUCUUAGGGUUCUUUGGUUAAGUGGAAUGGAAAAUGUGAAAUGUCUUGGUUGGGAAUUCUAUUAUUGCAGCAGCAACAGUACUAAAGCAACUUCUUCUUCUUCUACUGGGACAGUAGCAUUUCCAUCACUUGAAAAACUAACGCUAUAUGAUAUGCCUAAUUUGGUUGAAUGGUUAGAAAUAGUGUUGCCUAAUUCCUCCUUUCCAUCUCUUGAGGAGUUGAAUGUCAACUUAUGCCCUGAGCUGAAAAUCAUGCCAAGUCGAUUCCCUUCCCUCAAAACGUUGUCCUUUUGGGGAACAGAACAUGAAACCAUGGUCCUUGAGGUAAUAAAAGCAUGUCCUCUUGUAAACUCUUUGCCAGAUUUACGGGGAAUGACUUCUCUUUGA